GACACCUUGAUUUUGUUCCACGUCGAGAACCCUAAUGCAUGGAAGAACCCAUUUGGCUCGUUUUUCAAGAGAAAUAAUAAUAAUAACAAUAAUAAUAGCCCAGCUUCGGCAGGGGAGGAGGUGGAUUUUCUUGAGGGAAUGCGCAAGCUAUGCAUGGCGGCACAGCCAAGGGUUAAUGUGUCGGCAGUUAAGGCAGAGAUGGGCGAGGGCAAGGAUAAGGCUGCCGUCAUUCUUGCGCACACCGUUGCCCACAAGGUUGAUCUCCUUAUUGUUGGCCAUAGGAGGAGUCUUUCUAAUGCAAUUUUAGGGUCUAAAAGAGGGGGAUCAAGAGGAUUAGACACAGCAGACAACCUUAUAUUAAACAGCAAAUGUACCUGUGUUGCAGUCCAGAGGAAGGGUCAAAAUGCAGGCUAUCUACUCAGCAGCAAAACCUAUAAAAACUUCUGGCUCUUGGCAUAA